GGCUUUAGUCGCGUCGUAGCUAUCGAAGGAUUUUGUUCGUUUUCUCGACUCCGUCUGCGGGAGAGGUAGCUCGUGCGCUGUUCCGCUGUGUCUGCCGUUGUGUUUGCACACAGGCCUCACCACGACGCCGCCAUCACCGACCGCGACCGCGCUCCGUGUCCGAUUUAGCAAACGGUCCUCCGCGCACAGCAUCCCGGAUCCCAACAGGGAAGAAUUUUAAAAAAAAACCCAUCCCAUCGUAACAUCAUCGCUAUCAGCUUCCGGUGUGCGUUGCGCGACCUCUCGCUAUUGGUUCGUUUCGUUUCCGAGUGUCGACGUUCUUCGUUCGUUCCCUUUUUCGCUGCCACACACCACCACUGCCUGUGUCGGGGAAAUUAGUGUCCUUUGGUGUAGUUUUCAAAGCGGAAAGGAAUUCAAAGCCUUUUUUAUUCCUGCCUUCUGUUCCGCCACGAGCGCGAAAUCAAACGCUACUAGGUGCUAGGUGCUCCGAUACUAUCGCUGCCAUAGCAACCACCACAUCGGGGCAGCGCGGAAGAACAGCUAAGUGUGUAAGGCACAGAGUAGCCGUUUGCUCCAACUUGCCAACCAGUAGUGGACUGAUCCUGCGAGCGCACGUGUCGUAUCGGCCGCCAGUACGUGCCCCACGAUCGUUGCAUUCGGUGUGUGUGUAUUUUCGGUGCAUGUGUCUCCCGUAUAUGUGCAUAUCAGAGAAAAAAUAUGUGUUUUCGCAAAAACGCCGUGAAACGAAAGGGCUCACGACAGCCUUAGAAGAGCUCGGAGGGGCUUGAAGAAGAGGAAGAAAAUUAAAAAGGGCGCCAACAACCCUCCAUCGCUGCUGGCAGGAAAAAAGAAAAUGAUAACCACUAACAAUAGUUCGCCAUCUUUGUUCGCCUACUGCUUGCGGGAAGAAGUGUCGCAUCGUGUGUGAGCGAUUAUCCAAAAAAAACCUCGCGGGGAAAGCUUUUCCCCCGAUCCUGAGAACAAAGCCGACGUACAACAUCUUCUCGCGUGCGUGCGUGUGUUCGAAAGGGAAAAUGAUCCUACCGAAUUGGUGCUACCGUUGCUAGCCAAGUGUGCAUUUGGUGUUUCGCGGUGAAAAUAUAGUACAAAAAUUGUUUGAAGAAGAGUUCUCGAGCGUGUCGAGUUGAAGGAAAAAGAAUUAGGAAAAAAACAUACCCAAAAUUUUUAGCUGUACAAAGAGUGAUAAAAAUCGUGCAAAAGAAAAGAAAAAGCCGUGAAAGUAAAUGCAAAACGACCCUCGUACGGAUACACGUCCCAAUACGUCGAAGCAACCAUCGUUCCUGCCGGACAGCGGGAAAGAAAAGAAUCCAGUGAAAAUCAACGGAGCCUCGCUCCAUCGAAGCCAUCUGCAGUAUUUUUAACCCAUAGGCUACUUGGAUAAUCCUUGUAAAAUCGGCCCAGGGAUACACGCCUAGCCGUUGUCCCUGAAAAUCGAAAGAGAGAGAGAGAGAGAAAGGAAAUACAAAAACGACAGCGAGGCAACAGCAAAAGACAUCUAAAUGGAAUUAGCACGAAAAAGAUACAAAUCUAGCCGGGGUCCGGUGCUAAGGUCCAGCGAACGUCGCCGUCCACAGAGUAUAUCGUCAUCCACCUCCGCACUAGUGCCGCGCGUGGUCCUGAACCGCAUCGAUCCGAGAGACUGCGAGCAGCGUAUCCGCGUGUCGUACAAGGUCGCCAUCCGCAGCACCAGAAGCAGCCGCACCAACACCAGCAGCAGUCACAGUGGCAUGAGCAUGGGCCAAAAAAUCAGUGGCAGCGUAAAAUCGGUCAGCCGCGACCAGCCGUCCCCGUUCAUUCCGAAGAUCCCCCGCGAACUGGCAGCCCACUUCCAGCGGCCGGCCCGGCUCGACGUGCUGCUCGACAUGCCCCCGGCGCCGCGGGAAACGCAGCUGAAGUACUCGUGGAACUCGGAGGACCGCUCGCUGAACGUGUUCGUGAAGGAGGACGACAAAAUGACCUUCCACCGGCAUCCGGUGGCACAGAGCACAGACUGCAUACGGGGCAAGGUGGGCUUCACCAAGGGGCUGCACGUGUGGGAGGUGUUCUGGUCGACCCGGCAGCGCGGCACGCACGCGGUCAUCGGCGUGGCGACGGCCGAGGCGCCCCUGCACUCGGUCGGCUACCAGAGCCUCGUGGGGCUGAACGAGCACAGCUGGGGCUGGGACCUCGGUCGGAACAAGCUGUACCACAACUCCAAGUCCUGCCCGGGCGUCACCUACCCUGCGAUACUGAAGCCGGAGGAGACGUUCCUGGUGCCGGACAAGUUCCUCGUCGCGCUCGACAUGGACGAGGGUACGCUCAGCUUUAUCGUCGACGGCCAGUAUUUGGGGGUGGCGUUCAAGGGACUGAAGGGCCGCAAGCUCUACCCGAUCGUGUCCGCCGUGUGGGGUCACUGCGAGAUUACGAUGAAAUAUAUCGGUGGUUUAGAUCCCGAACCACUGCCACUGAUGGAUCUCUGUAGGCGCGUCAUUCGCCAGAGAAUCGGGCGAACGUAUCUCGAGGAACGCAUACCAAACCUAGCCCUGCCGCAAUCGAUGAAAACCUACCUGUUGUACCGGGAUCGAAGAUAAUAAAGCGACCACCAGGCAGUGGGAGGAGGAGGAGAAGGAGGUGGGGGAGAAGAUAGAGGACAAGGAGCAGCAACAGCGGCGGCAGGAGGCACCGAACUCAUUCGGUAGCGGACCACCACCACCACCACCACCAUUCACCACCAAGUGAAAGAACAACACCACCUCCACCACCAGCAACACACCACGACCACCAUAACCUCCACGCUAAGGACGAGCUAGGGAUAACGGCGAACACGAAUCGAACAAAAUAUUUAGGAAGAAAAGCAUAAGCGGGGGCACAAAUAUUGAGUACUAGGGCCGGUACAAUCCUCAGUCAAUCUCCAUAAACCCCUCCCCCGGCGGUGCCAUUAGCCAUGUUCCACACAAGUAGAAUUCGCUGGCGAUUGCUGGGGGGAUGGGGUACUAUCUUCUCUCCACUCUCUCGCUCGCAACGAAGAGAAGCAAGCGAAGAGUGUCGGUCUUCCCCGCGUAUCCGGCGUGUGACUCUUGGAGCCCGCUCUUUUUUUUCCUUUCUCCGGAAACGGAAGAUCAUCUUGCUCGUCCGUAAAUUUUCGAACAGGACAUGAUCGGGACACGGAGGACGAUCAUGUUACACCACGUCACCCCUCGUCACUUGUAUGUGUCUGUGUGUGUGUGACUGGUGAGAGAGUCCAUGCGGGGGGUGAAGCUUCUAAGGUCGAAGCGAACCAAGCAGAAGGAACCUUAGAACAAUCCUUUCGAUACACAACGUUUGUGUGUGUGUGUGUGUGUGUGUCUGAACGAGUGUGUGAGUGUGUGAGUGUGUGGGGACACGACAAGCAGAUGCGCGCGCAAUAAUAUACAGCAUUCACGGCAGCACGGCUAUUAAGUAUUCUUUAAUAAUUGUGGUACUGCCCGGCGAUGAUUACGAUGACUACUACUAUUACGAUAAGUUUUAUUGCUAUUUUUAUGGACAUUUUUUUUUUAGAAGAAGAGAAGAGAAAACUUACGAUUACUUCUAUGUACGAAAAUAUAAAAUAAAAUUAAACAUCUGUACACACACCCCUAACACAUGGAGAAAAAAAUUCUAGAGUCUAGACCACGGGAUCUACUGUCGGUUGAAUCACCUUUUUUUUUUGUUUGUUGGUUUGUUUUGUUUCUGUGGUCCAUAGUUUCUUUUUUUUUAUUAUUAUGUAUCCUUAUUCUAUUUUGUGAUAAAAAAAAGCGCAACAAGAAGAACCGCACCGAGCCUCCGGCGGUUGUAUGUGUGUGUUUGUGUCUUUGGGUGUAUGUGUACGUGUGUGUGUGCGUGGGUGAGUGGAAUAGUGCCGAUCAGCUGUCUUCUCGUACUUUGUCGCGAGAACUCGAACUCUAAAGAAGAAGGAAGGGAUGGUAUCGAUCAGGGUGGUUGGGGUAGCAAGAGGAUGAGAAGGUGAGGUGAGGUGAGGAGGUGCGUUAGGAUCAGAAUAUUCCGCUGCAUCGCCAUGGGACACGGGGAAGGUAUGCGUAAAAGCAAUAAUUAGAGAUAGGAAACGAAUGGAAGGAGCUCUUGGAAUGGCACGCGAAAAGUAAUUUUCCAUUUUCCACCCACCACCAUCAUCACCACCACCCCCACUGCUUCCAAUACGUUCUCCCGGACGGUACUCAUAGUGUCCAUAGAUCGGUGUUUUUUCGGUGGCUGAAGGAGAAACGAAGCAAACAGAGCAAGAUAUUAAUCGAUUUAUUUUUCGUGGAGACAGAGAGACACAUAGACUCUCUUCAGCUUAGCGAUAAGGUAGAGUGAUUGACCGGGACACACAAAUCCUUGGCGAAGGACGGAAGGACGCGUAAGAUUGUGACAAGAGGAAAAAAAGGGAGAUGCAGAGAGAAGAAUAGCGCAGCAAAUGCAAACGGUGGCCACCGAUGAUGUAUAGGGAGGGAACUAAA